UCGCAGCGGGUCCCUGCGGCUCGGGAUGGAGGAUUACAAGGGAAAAUGGAUAUACCAAAUCCUCCAACUUCCAAAUGUAUCACUUACUGGAAAAGAAAAGUUAAAUCUGAAUAUAUGAGACUUAGACAACUUAAACGACUGCAGGCCAAUAUGGGUGCAAAGGCUCUGUAUGUAGCAAAUUUUGCAAAAGUUCAAGAAAAAACCCAGAUCCUCAACGAAGAAUGGAAGAAGCUUCGUGUCCAACCUGUUCAGUUGAUGAAGCCAGUGAGUGGGCAUCCAUUCCUCAAAAAGUGUACCAUCGAGAGCAUUUUCCCAGGAUUUGCAAGCCAACAUAUGUUAAUGAGGUCUCUGAACACAGUUGCCUUGGUUCCCAUCAUGUAUUCCUGGUCUCCUCUCCAGCAGAACUUCAUGGUAGAAGAUGAGACAGUUUUGUGCAAUAUUCCUUACAUGGGAGAUGAGGUGAAAGAAGAAGAUGAAACUUUCAUUGAGGAGCUGAUCAAUAAUUAUGAGGGGAAAGUCCACGGUGAAGAAGAGAUGAUCCCAGGGUCUGUCCUCAUUAGUGAUGCUGUUUUCCUGGAGUUGGUAGAUGCCCUGAAUCAAUACUCAGAUGAGGAUGAGGAAGGACACAAUGAUACCUCAGAUGGAAAGCAGGAUGACAGCAAAGAAGACUUGCCAGUGACGAGAAAGAGAAAACGACAUGCUAUUGAGGGUAGCAAAAAGAGUUCCAAGAAGCAGUUCCCAAAUGACAUGAUCUUCAGUGCCAUUGCCUCCAUGUUUCCUGAGAAUGGUGUCCCAGAUGACAUGAAGGAAAGGUAUCGAGAGCUAACAGAGAUGUCAGACCCCAAUGCACUUCCCCCUCAGUGCACACCCAACAUCGAUGGCCCCAAUGCCAAGUCUGUGCAGCGGGAGCAGUCUCUGCACUCCUUCCACACACUGUUUUGCCGGCGUUGUUUUAAAUACGACUGUUUCCUUCACCCUUUUCAUGCCACCCCUAAUGUAUACAAACGCAAGAACAAAGAAAUCAAGAUUGAACCAGAACCGUGUGGAACAGAAUGCUUCCUUUUGCUGGAAGGAGCCAAGGAGUACGCCAUGCUCCACAACCCCCGUUCCAAGUGCUCCGGUCGCCGCCGCCGCCGGCACCACCUAGUCAGUGCUUCCUGCUCUAACACUUCAGCUUCUGCUGUGGCUGAGACUAAAGAAGGGGACAGUGACAGGGACACAGGCAAUGACUGGGCCUCCAGUUCUUCAGAGGCUAAUUCUCGCUGUCAGACUCCUACAAAACAGAAAGCAAGUCCAGCCCCACCUCAGCUCUGUGUAGUGGAAGCACCCUUAGAGCCUGUGGAGUGGACUGGGGCUGAAGAAUCUCUUUUUCGAGUCUUCCAUGGUACCUACUUCAACAACUUCUGUUCAAUAGCCAGGCUUCUGGGAACUAAAACAUGCAAGCAGGUCUUUCAGUUUGCAGUCAAAGAAUCACUUAUCCUGAAGCUGCCAACAGAUGAGCUCAUGAAUCCUUCACAGAAGAAGAAAAGAAAGCACAGGUUAUGGGCUGCACACUGCAGGAAAAUUCAGCUGAAGAAAGAUAACUCUUCCACACAAGUGUACAACUACCAGCCCUGUGACCACCCAGAUCGGCCCUGUGAUAGCACCUGCCCCUGCAUCAUGACUCAGAACUUCUGUGAGAAGUUCUGCCAGUGUAACCCGGACUGUCAGAAUCGCUUUCCUGGCUGUCGCUGUAAGACCCAGUGCAACACCAAACAGUGUCCUUGCUACCUGGCAGUGCGAGAGUGUGACCCCGACCUGUGCCUCACCUGUGGGGCCUCCGAGCACUGGGACUGCAAGGUGGUUUCCUGUAAAAACUGCAGCAUUCAGCGUGGCCUCAAGAAGCACCUGUUACUGGCCCCCUCAGAUGUGGCCGGAUGGGGCACCUUCAUUAAAGAGUCUGUGCAGAAGAACGAAUUCAUUUCUGAAUAUUGUGGUGAGCUCAUCUCCCAGGAUGAGGCUGAUCGGCGAGGGAAGGUCUAUGACAAAUACAUGUCCAGCUUCCUCUUCAACCUCAACAAUGAUUUUGUAGUGGAUGCUACCCGGAAAGGCAACAAAAUUCGAUUUGCAAACCAUUCUGUGAACCCCAACUGUUAUGCCAAAGUGGUCAUGGUGAAUGGGGAUCAUCGGAUUGGAAUCUUUGCCAAGAGGGCAAUUCAAGCUGGUGAAGAGCUCUUCUUUGAUUACAGGUACAGCCAAGCUGAUGCCCUCAAGUACGUGGGGAUUGAGAGGGAGACGGAUGUCCUUUAGCCCUCCUGGACCCCACGCCAGUGCUUAUGGUAGCGGCACUGUCUUUGCUUUCAUGCACACACCACUGCUGCUCGACAUUCCUGCACUAUGUGUCUCCCACACCAAGAACACCCCACCCCCACCCCAUCCCUCUGUAGUGAGGCUCAAGCUGUGUCUAGUGUAGACAGAACUGUCUCAGUUAAAAGAGAGACACAGGCAGCUAGGGCUUGGCUCCCAGGAGAGAGAGUUGCCGAAGCCAGAAACUGU